UUUCAAACGAAUGCGAAUAGCCUUAGCAUCGUUAGUAGAAGUGAAGCAACAUCACAGUUUGUCGUGUUUAUCUUCAACCUAAAGUUUUCAAAAUGGAUAUGGAAACUGGGAGCUUCGAGCCGGGGUUUGUGGGGAUCCGGUUUUGUCAAGAAUGUAACAACAUGUUGUACCCCAAAGAAGACAAAGAAAACCGGAUCCUGCUUUACGCGUGCAGGAACUGUGACUACCAACAAGAGGCGGACAACAGCUGCAUCUACGUCAACAAGAUCACCCACGAGGUUGAGUAA